AUGACACCAGAUUUUGAGGGACUUCCAAAUCUUGAAAGAUUCAUUCUUUAUGGAUCUAGGUGUUUAGAAGAGAUUCAUCCAUCAAUUGGAUGCUUGGAGAGGCUUGUUUUGUUACAUAUAUCAGGUUGUAGGAGUCUUAAGAGGUUUCCACCUAUUUCCAGACUAAAGAAACUCGAGACCCUUUCAUUCAUUGGAUGCCCUAAACUUUUUAAACUCUCAACAAUCCAACAACAGAACAUGGAGAAGUUACCACAUUUUCUUUUGGAUAAUAGUGGGGACGAAGUUGCAUCCUAUGUAGAAUCGAUUCCAAACUUUUUUGUUAAUUGUUGGAGGUGUGGUUGCAGCAAGUUUGGUGGUGUAAAAUGCUGUUUAGAGGACCCUUCUUUACCUCACAACAACAUGAAGCCUUGUUUAUGUGACAGCAAUAUGAACCACAUAGGGUUUCGUUUUUUUCCCAAAGACUUAAGAAAGUUAGAUCUCAGCUACUGUGAUAUGGGAGAUGAACACAUCAGCUCUUCUGUUUGGGAGUUACACAACCUGAAGACACUCAAUCUACUAGGAAAUGCUUUUUCACGAUUAAAUUUUCAUCUCUUGCGGUUUCCUCAGCUUAAAUGUCUCAAUGUGUCACAAUGCAAAGGCCUUGUGGAAUUGUCUGAGCUGCCAUCAAGUAUAGCUGUUGUUUUAGCAGAUGGUUGUAGCUCACUUGAAACCUUUGGAGAUAUUUCAAACUGUAAAUGGUUGUGGAAAGUCUUGGUUCUGGAGUCGAACAAACUCAGUCCACUUUAUGGUGACAUAUUACUAGACUCCAUGCUCCAGGGAAAUGCUGGUGAAGAUUACUUUAUCAGUAUCAUUCUUCAACAUCAGAUUCCAAACAGGUUUGUAGGUUGGCUGUUUAGGGGAAAUAAAUUUACACUCCAUCUUCCAAAAGAUUGGUACGAUGAAUUUUGUGGGUUCCUAAUAUGCUUUGUUGACACAUUGACCAAUCCGGAUAUUAAUAUUGUCAUCAAGCAGGAGGUAGAUGAUGAUAUUCUAUUUGAGAUUUGGAAGGAGUCUACGGAAAUAGUGGAGCAUGUAUAUGGUGAUCAAACAAAAACAUAUGUAGGAUAUGUGCCCUUUGGUUCAUUGAGGCACACUACAUUGUCGAAUUUAUCAUACAAUAUGAUUUCAGUUUCCAUGGAGGUAGGGCAUGUUAAUGAGACUUGUGUUGGAGUUGAGCUUGUUCCUAGGAAAAGUAAAGGUGAUCGGCCACAAACAACAAAAGUUGCAACAAAUUCCUCAGAAUUUUGGGAUGAAGAAGAUUAUGGUAGUAAGACAUUUACGAUCCAAGAUGAUCCAAAGUCUUCUAUACAUAUUAUAUGGCGACCUUUGAACGGCAUUAUGACAACGUCGUAUUGA